GCCCCGCUCCGCCGCACGCCGCCUCGGAAAAGCCGAAAGCCCGGCUGAACCGCGCAGCUGGUCGGUCUGUGGAGCUGGGCUCGGGGCUCGGGGCUGGCCGGAAGCCCCCUGCCUGCUCCCGCUCCCGGCGCGUCUCCUGGCCCGCGCCGCCCGCCCAGCGGUGCUCUGGCUGUGCGGGCCGGCGGCUCCGGGGCCCGGGGUGUGGUGUCUACCUGAAGACGGUUUUACUUUAAAGGCAAGAUGCUGUCUCCAAACAAUAAAAAGCUAGAAAAGUUGGAUCCAUUUUACCGACCUUCAGCCUCCAAGCAGAAGACCAGUGCAGAAAUCAUAAGUGAAGCACGAAACGCCUUAAGAGCGGUCAGGACCCAGAGACCAUUCACACCCCGGGAAGACCAGAGGACGCUAUUCGGGCCCGCCUCUUCGAGAACACCAGAAAGCAGGCCUCCUUCCUCCUUCAGCCUCCACACAUCCAGUUUCGAGCUGUCUGACUCCAGGCCCACCUCUGGUGCGCGGCUCAGUCCCCUGGAACUCAAACCGAGAGCCCCGGCAGCCCCCAGCACGGACGGGGGCCCCUGCGCUUCCUUCCCCACGCCCACCGCGGACCCCGCGAAGAUGAGGAGCCGGGCGCCCCCGCCGGCCAGGACCCCUCCUCCCGCCGGGGCAAAGAAGACAGUAAUAUCCAAACAAACAGUUAUGAUGGGGGACUCUACGGUAAAAAUAAAUGGGCUUUAUUUAACCCGAUCAAAUGCCAUUGGCCACUUCAAGAAUCACCCACUUCAGCUAACUUACGGAGGCGUCGGUGAAAUCAAGGAGCAAGAAAUCUUCAAAGGAGCGACGUGUUUGCCGUCCCAUCUCAGAGGUGGAGGGGCCCCGGGGGAGAGGCGGCCGAGGGCCUCGUCGUGCCCCACCAGCUUGGACCCAGGCAGGCUGGAAACCACAGCAGUCUCAAAAGCCGACUUGCAAGAAAAGGAUACGGAAAUAGAAGCAGAAGAAGCCUUUUGGAAUACCAGGAUUGUACCGAUAUUGCAUGAAUUAGAAAAGGAAGAGAACAUCGAAACAGUCUGUGCUGCGUGCACACAGCUUCACUGCGCUUUGCAGGAAGGAGACAUGCUCAGAAGUACCUUCAAGAGAAGAAGCAUCCUCCUGAAGACCCUGUAUAAACUGGUGGAUGUUGGUUCAGACUUGCUCAGCCUUAAACUUGCAAAAAUUAUUCUAGCACUUAAAGUGAGUAGAAAGAAUCUUCUGAAUGUCUGCAAACUUAUAUUUAAAAUUAGCAGGAAUGAGAAGAAUGACUCUCUGAUUCAAAAUGACAGCAUUCUGGAGUCAUUAUUGGAGGUCCUGAGAAAUGAAGACCUGCAAGCUAACUCGGAAGCUUUUUUGUACUGUAUGGGGGCCAUCAAAUUCAUCUCUGGAAAUCCAGGAUUUCUUAAUGAAAUGAUCAGCAAAGGUGCUGUGGAAAUACUGAUGAAUUUGAUAAAGCAAAUAAAUGAGAACACCAGGAAAUGUGGUACAUGUUUGCCUAAUUCAGGCCACUUGUUAGUCCAAAUGACUUCUGCACUGAGAAACCUGGUUGAUUCACCCCGGGCAAGAAGCACAUUGCUGCACAUCAACGCCCUUCCCGAGCUCUGCACGGCGAUGGGACAGUGCCUGGGUGACACGGACGUCUGCACCAAUAUUGCCAGAAUACUCAGCAAACUUACUUCUUACCACGACUGCUGUGUAGCCUUGGCCAACUAUUCCAGAUGUUACGCCUUAUUUUUGAAACUGAUAAACAAAUACCAGAAGAAGCAGGAUUUAGUCGUUCGUAUUGUUUUUAUUCUUGGCAACCUGACGGCAAAAGAUAACCAGGCUCGUGAGCAGCUGUCCAGAGAGGAAGGGAGCACCCCGACGCUGCUGGCCCUGUUCCAUACCUUCUCCCAGCUGGACGUGCACAUGGAGCACCGGGCGGCAGAGGGAGGCGGGCAGGCUGAGGCGCGGAGGCUGCGGGCCCAGGCGGAGGACGUGCUCCUCAAGCUGACCCGCCUGCUGGCCAACCUAGCCAUCCACCCGGGCGCCGGCCGCGCCCUGGCCUCCAACCCGCAUGUGGUGGGCCUGCUCCUCGCCACGCUAGAGCACAAGUCCGUCGCUGAGUGUGAGGCGCUGGUUGUCAACGCCACCGCGGCCAUCAACAACCUGUCCUACUACCGGGUGGAGAGCUCCGGGAUUCGGCGCGGGAGGCUGCACCUGGCCGCGCUGCUCAUGAAGCUGCUCGCCAGUAACAGCCGGGAUGGGGUCCUGGAGGCCGUGCGCGUCUUCGGAAACCUCUCCCAGGACCAGGAUGUCUGCAGCUUCAUUGUGCAGAAACGUGUGCACAAGUUCAUGAUGGCUCUGCUGGACUCUAAGCACCAGGAUAUUUGCUUUUCUGCGUGCGGUGUGCUCCUAAAUCUCACGGUGGAUGAAGACAGGCGUGUCAUCCUAAAAGAAGAAGGUGGCGUUAAAAAGCUAGUGGAAUGUCUGAGAGAUCUCGGGCCUACUGACUGGCAGCUGGCCUCCUUGGUUUGCAAAACCUUAUGGAACUUGAGUGAGAACCUCACUGCGGCGUCGUCGGGUUUUGGAGAUGGAGACACCCACAGCCUCUCAAUCCUGCUGUCAUCAUUUUUAGAUGAAGAACUAGCACUGGAUGGCAGUUUUGGUCAAGACCUGAAAAGCUAUCACAAGCUCCACUGGGAAACGGAAUUCAAACCCGUGGCCCAGCAGCUUCUGAGCAGACUCCGGAGCCGCCGCACCUUCCUGGAGCGCCUGCCCAGCCCUGCUGUCUGACGCGGCGCACACCCACCGCACACACAGGAUGUCAGCUCUCCCUUUUGCCGGUCAGAACCUCUGCAAGCAGCUCUGCAUUUCCAGAAGGGAGCUCAGAGGACAGAGGAGCCGAACAAGAACCUGACUGUACCCAGUGAGCCGGACUCUGGGCUCGCCCGCUGCUGGGUCAGGGCAGCAGGCAGCAAAGGGCAGACGCGGGCUGCGACCCAGUGGGCAGGACGCGAGCCAGCAACGGGCUCCCACGAUGACGAGGAUUUCCAGCCCAAGUGUUCGUCUGGUUGUCUCGCUGUGUCCUUGAAGUUAGGUGCCACCUCCCCUCGUCUCCCUACCCCAUUAUAAAUUUGUAGGAACUGGAUUGAACUCAAUAAAUGUGACAGUUAUUGCAACAGCUUUGAUUAAAUUUAGAGCUAUUUCUAGUUUUUUUGUUCUGUAGUUGCCCCCUAAUUAGCCCUUGUUUCUAAUAAGUCUGGUUGAACUCUAAAACAUCUCAGUUCAAAAGCAACAAGGCGCGGGCCGCACCAGGCCUUCUCAGGGGGUCUGAGAGAGGAUCACAAAGGCCCACCCUUCCCCGAGUCCUUCGGAAUGACUUCCA